UCACUCUAUUUGGCAUGCAGUGGUGCGAGUGAAUCUUUGCGGAAAACACCGACGAUUGAGGCCAAUGUCAGCAGCGACGAUGUCACGAAAACGCAGCAUACCACUUGCAAGAUCGCAACGGAAGAUGUGGUCGCGAAUGCACGUGCCACUGUUACAACAGUACUCACUGGAGUAUGUAAAUCGAACGAUAGACGAAAAAUUCGCGAGUCUGGAGGAAAAGUUGAGCAAGGAAUUUGCGGAUGUUAAGUGGUUACUUUACAGCAUUCUAGAGCAGCAACCGAAUUAUUUGAAAAGUGUAAGAAACGCUAAUCUUCAUGGAACGUUCAACGGUUAUUUAUCCCCGAGGCAAGAUGAAAUCGAUAAAUUCAACAAUACCAUGCAAAAUUUGUCAGUAUUGAACGGUUCGAUGAAUGCGUUCGUCUAUUACUGGCAGGUGAGGAACUUCAACGUGAUGCUGGCAAGCUGGCAGACCGGCCGUUCGAUGCGCAGCCCUACCUUCUACGCGGGUCGCAGCGGCUACGCCAUGUAUCUAAGAAUCGCUCCGAAAUAUUUUCCCGACGGCACGGUUUUCGUAGGUGUUGGAUUGACCCGCGGCCGUUACGAUUCCGUUCUCGAGUGGCCGUUUCCUUACAGAAUACGCCUCGAGGAAUUAGAUAAUUCUUUGAAAGGCGUGCGUGAGGAUCGACGGUCUCGAAUUUGGGAUCCGGCCACGCUUUGUUCGUCCUAUUUCUGGGGUAGACCCGCAGGAGUGGCGGAUAAUCCGGAAUGCGUCGGACUCAGUAUUCCCAGGCGUAUAAUUUUAUCAAAAUCAUUAUCAAUAUCGGCUCAACGAUAUUCAGGAAACACCAGGUACAUGUGGAAUGGAAGUGUACUGAUAAAACUUAUCGUUUAUUUGUAGACUGUUUAAGGCAAACGUAUAGCUAUAAGAAAAGCAAUAUUCGUUGUGUUUUUGCCAUAUAUUGCUACAAACAAUAUUAUUAA